AAAGACAGUCACAGGUGAUGAGACUACCCUAAUUCAGAAAGCUUGGUAAUAUAUCAAUGGAGAUGGAAGUAGACAGUGAGAAGAACCAGCAAGACACAGUGAUGGUGAAAGAGAAGGAUCUCUUCAAAGCUGCUGAAGAAGGUGACACCUCAACCUUCCAAGCAUCGUCCCCUGAAACACUCUCCGAAUCCCUCUCUCUAAGGAACGAAGACGCUCGCUCCCUUCUCCAUGUUGCCGCUUCUUCCGGCCACUCCCAGGUGGUGAAGAUAUUGUUGUCUGCUGAUGCAUCAGCUAGUGUGGUAAAUAGUGCUGAUGAUGAAGGGUGGGCGCCGCUUCAUUCUGCGGCCAGCAUUGGGAAUUUGGAGAUAGUGGAGGCUUUGUUGAGCAAAGGAGCUGAUGUUAAUCUAAAAAAUGGCGGGGGCCGAACAGCUUUACACUAUGCCGCCAGUAAAGGUCGGGUGAAGAUUGCUGAAAUACUCAUCUCACAUGAUGCCAAGAUUAAUAUAAAGGACAAGGUUGGUUGCACCCCAUUGCAUCGGGCAGCGAGCACUGGGAACUCUGAGUUGUGUGAACUUCUGAUUGAAGAAGGGGCAGAGGUUGAUGCUGUAGAUAGAGCUGGUCAAACUCCUUUAAUGAGUGCUGUAAUUGACCGUAACAAAGAGAUCGCCCUUCUUCUUAUAAGACAUGGAGCAGAUGUGGAUGUGGAGGACAAGGAAGGGUACACAGUGCUCGGUCGAGCUACAGAUGAGUUUAGAGCAAUAUUAAUCGAUGCUGCCAAGGCCAUGCUUGAGUAAUACAACAAGAAGAAAUUAGAAAAUUGUCAUUGAUGCAAAGAGAGCACAAUACAGCAAAUUAAGGUUGCUUUUGUUGAAAAAAAGUGGUCCUCCGUACUUUGCCCUGAUCAUAGAAGCUGUUUUUAAAGUGAGAUUUUACUUGUUUUUGGUGUUUAUGUAUACAAUCAGAGCUUACGACUUGUUAGAUCAUGCAAUAUGCUCUAUGUAAUGAAAGGUACAUAGUAUGUUGAAAGGGGUUAUUUAUGCAUUA